AUGGCUGUUCAUUUGACGAUUUUGGUUCUAAUUCUUUUUGCCAUAUACUUUGCUUAUCCCUUUAAAACUUUAUUUGUUUGGCAUCCUCUGCUAAUGCUAGUUGGCCUCUAUGGAUUUUCUCUGCAAGGAAUCAUUGUUUACAAUAAAUUCAGUUCUCUGGUUCCCACAGCCAAUGCCAUUAAAAAGUAUAAUUUGCAUGCCUUAUUGCAGACAUUGGGCAUUAUUGUGAUUAUUGCCGGUAGUGCAGUUAUUGACAAAGUGAAAAGGGAUAACAAUCGUCCACGUUUGAAAUCUUGGCAUGGUAUCCUGGGUAUUCUUUUCAUUUUCCACGGUCUGCUACAAGUCAUUUUUGGCUUUCUCAAAUCUUGUGGUUUUAUGAAACGUUGGAUGAAGCCGAGCAUUUCGCGGAAAAUGCAUGCAAUUUCUGGAGCAAUUUUCUUUUCCCUCGGUUGCCUGGUAACUGGCCUUGGUUUUCGUAGUGAGUGGUUUCAACAAAGAGCUCUGGUGGAUUCCAUACAAGACCAAGGUGUUCGAAUGCUUGUUGAUUAUAUUCUUAUCCUCCUCCUUUGUCUUCUUUUCAUCAUUGUCUCGACACAGAUCUACGACAGGUACUUUGCUGGACAUUAUGCCCCCGUGACCAACACCCCUCCUCAAGUUAAGAACGCCGAAAAAUCAAGAUAG